AUGGACGAACAAAAACAAAAGAAUGUAAUGAUAGAGAUACCAUUUAAAACCAAAAAAUCAGCAUUAUUAACAUAUUUAUGGCAUAAGAAAUCUGAAUUUAAAGAUAUAGACUUUCGUAAACAUGAAGGGAUUAAAAGCGUAUACAAUGCCAUAGAAAUUAAAUUAUCUCCAAACCAUGCUUACAUUCUACUACUUGGCCUAUCUGGCGCAGGAAAGUCCUCGACUAUUAAUAACUUGUUUGGUAAAGAAAUUACUGCCGCUGGAGAUGGAAUAUCUCAAACAAAAGUCGUUACAGAAUUUAAAGGUGAAAUUAAUAACUCACGUCUCGGCAUAAAAAACCUUGGAAUUAGUAUCAUCGAUGGUCCAGGUUUUGAGGAUACAGAAGGUAUCCAAGCAGAUGCAAAAAAUAUUUUAUGCUACAAAAAAUUUUUGGAAACUCAUAAUCAACUUCGCUAUGUCAGGCCAAAUAUUAUUAUGAUAGUUGCAAGUGUCAAUAAUAAACGUCUUGGUGAUGCAAGAAAUACGGAAACACCUUUCGCGAGAAUGUUAAAAGUAGUUAAAAUUUGUCUUAGUCAAAGUAUUUUAGAUUAUGAGCGACCAUCAGUUAUAUUUGUAUUGACGAGUCUUCAUAGUCUUCCCCCAAAGAAAUUAAAAGAAAAAUUAUCAUCUCAAAUAAAACUGGUGAAGGAAAUGUCAAGUAUUAUUUUAGGCAUCAAUGACCCACCCGUCGUUGCUUUAGAGAAUUGGGCAGAAGAAUAUGAUAUACCACGAGACAAUGAUUGGUAUAUCUUGGGUAACGGUGAAAGGCAGCCACUCAAUUUGUUUGAUGCAUUGAUUAAUCUUUGUAAAAAAUCGGAGGAUUAUAUUGGGCAAGAGGCUAUUUCUUUGUAUUUUUCUAGAGCUGCAAAAAGUGACAUUAUAAUUGGACAUAAAUUUUCUGCUGAAAAAUUAAAAGAAGAUGAUAAUGAAUUAAUAAAUUUAAACAUAGCAUUGUCAGAAAUUAAAUUGGGCAUAGAAGAUUUUGAAAUAAAGGAAAAAAUACUGCAAGAAUUUUCAUCACUGACUACAGAAGAAAAAAAUGAAUUAG